AUAUCAUCUAUACAUUUAGAGAUAGAGAGAGAGAGAGAGAGAGAGAGAGAGAGAGUAAUAAUGGAUUAGAGAGAGUGAGAGAUAUGGGUUACAUACAUGGCUUGUGAGCUCUGGUUGAGUCUACUUCACUGUCACACAGUACUGGAAUGCACAUGCCGCUGUCACCCUUCCUCUUUUUUCUCCGUUCAGCUCUCUGCAUCACUGUCUCGCUUGGAGCACCGCCGUCUCCGUUUGUCUGUGUUCUCUGCAGGUAAUGGAAGCAGUAGAGCUGAGGAAACACUAAGAGAAAAGCCAUUAUAACAAAGGUAUAGUGAAGAAUUGAAGAUGAAAGCUAAUAGCAGCAGCAGCAGAAGUGUUAUUAUUAUUAGUCUUUUCUGCAAGGCUUUCUUGCUGUUUUUUUCUCUGCACCCACUCUUUGUUCUCCCUCUCUUCAUCUUCUUCCUUCCCCCAACUUCACGUGUUGCAGCAGCUUCUUCCAAUGAGCUUUUCACCCAGUCCCAGCAGCUUUUAUCCUUCAAGGCUGGGCUUUCAACCAAAGAUUCUCUUCACAACUGGGUGUCUUCCACAGACCCCUGUAGUUUCACUGGUGUUACAUGCAAGGACUCUAGAAUCUCCUCCAUAGAUCUCUCCAAUACUAUACUCAGUGUGGACUUUUCCUCCGUUUCAUCCCACUUUCUGAGCCUUCCGAAUUUGGAGAGUCUUGUGUUGAAGAACAGUAAUCUCAGUGGCUCUCUAGCUUCUGCCUCAAAAUCCCAGUGUGGGGUUUCUCUGACUCAUAUAGAUCUAGCUGAAAACACCAUUUCAGGGCCUAUUUCUGAUAUCUAUAGCCUUGGUGGAUGCUCAAGCCUUAGGUCCCUCAAUCUCUCCAAGAAUUCCAUGGACCCUCCUCCUGAGAAGGAGCACAGAGGUGCUGCUUCAGCUAUUAAGCUUCAAAUUCUUGAUCUUUCUUACAAUAAUUUGUCGGGGAGAAACGUUUUUCCGUGGCUGUUAUCUAAAGAUUUUGCUGAGCUUGAGUUGUUAUCUUUGAAGGGUAACAAAAUAUCUGGAAAUAUUCCUGAACUGGGUUUCAAGAACUUGUCAUAUUUGGACCUUUCUGCCAACAAUUUCUCCACUCCGUUCCCUUCAUUUCAAGAUUGCUCCAAUCUGGAGCACCUUGAUUUGUCAUCCAACAAGUUUAAUGGUGAAAUUGGGGCCUCUCUUUCUUCUUGUGAGAAGCUCAGUUUCCUCAACCUCACCAACAAUAAAUUUGCUGGUGCUAUUCCCAAGCUGUCUAGUGGGAGUAUGCGCUAUUUGUACCUUAGGGGGAAUGGUUUUCAGGGUGCAUUUCCAGCCCAUAUUGGAGAGUUGUGUAAAACUCUGGUGGAAUUAGACUUGGCCAUGAAUGAUUUCUCAGGUGUGGUCCCUGAAAGCAUUGAAGCUUGUUCUGUACUGGAGCGUAUCGAUAUCUCCAACAAUAAUUUCUCCGGUGAGUUGCCUGUUGAAACCAUCCUCAAGCUUACUAGCUUGAAGACUUUGGUUUUCUCCAUGAACAAUUUUGUUGGUGAAUUGCCUGAGGCACUGUCUAGCUUGGUGAGUCUGGAAACCUUAGAUUUAAGUUCUAAUAACCUCUCGGGUUUAAUCCCCCCUGGGAUUUGUAAAGACCCUAGGAACAGCUUGAAAGUUUUAUACCUUCAGAAUAACUUUUUCACAGGUUCCAUACCUGAGGGCUUGAGCAACUGUUCACAAUUGGUAUCCCUUGAUCUCAGCUUUAAUUACCUCAAGGGUAGGAUACCAUCUAGCCUGGGUUCAUUGAGCAAGUUGAAAGAUUUGAUUAUUUGGUUGAAUCAGCUUCAAGGGGAAAUCCCUCAGGAACUAAUGUAUCUGCAGGCAUUGGAGAAUUUGAUUCUUGAUUUCAAUGACUUGACAGGGUCAAUCCCUUCAAGUAUUAGCAACUGUACUAAUCUGAAUUGGAUUUCCUUGUCAAACAAUUUCUUGAGUGGUGAGAUACCAUCUUCACUGGGCCAUUUAUCUAAUCUUGCCAUUUUGAAGCUGGGGAACAACUCAAUCACCGGGAACAUCCCAGCCGAACUGGGGGAUUGUGGCAGCUUGCUGUGGUUGGAUCUAAACACUAAUCUCUUGAAUGGGUCAAUCCCACCUUCUCUAUCAAAGCAAUCAGGCUAUAUUGCAGUGUCAUUACUCACUGGGAAGAGGUUUAAUUAUAUCAAGAAUGUUGGAAGCAAGCAGUGCCAUGGAGCUGGGAAUUUGCUCGAGUUUGGGGGGAUACGACAGGAUCGCAUGGACAGGAUUUCUGCAAGGAGCCCCUGCCAUUUCAGUAGACUCUAUGAGGGGAUCACCCAACCAAAUUUCAACCACAAUGGCUCCAUGAUUUUCCUUGAUCUUUCCUACAACAAGUUGGAGGGCAGUAUCCCCAAGGAAUUAGGGUCUAUGUACUAUCUCUUUAUCCUGAAUCUGGGCCAUAAUGAUCUCUCUGGUCCAAUCCCUCCAGAUCUUGGAGGCUUGAAAACUCUUGCAAUUCUUGAUAUGUCACACAACCAUCUCAGUGGCACAAUCCCACAAUCUUUGACAAGCUUGACAGUUGGAGAGAUUGAUCUCUCAAACAAUAACCUCUCUGGAAUGAUACCCCAAUCAGCCCUUUUUGACACAUUUUCAGAUUAUAUGUUUGCCAAUAACUCUGGGCUCUGUGGAUACCCUCUUCCCCAGUGUGGAUCUCCAUCAAGUUUGAGCACAAACCAGCACAGAAACUCUCAUCAUCUCAAACAACCAUCCUUCAUUGGGACUGUGGCCAUUGGAUUGCUGCUCUCCCUCUUCUGCAUCUCUGGUCUGAUCAUCGUCACCGUGGAAACCAGGAAGAGAAGGAAGAAGAAUGAGGCUAGCCUUGAGACUCAUACAGGAGACCCCUCAUACUCAAUCACUGCAAACACUGGAUGGAAGCUAACCAGUAUGCGUGAAGCCCUAAGCAUCAAUCUGGCAACCUUUGAGAAGCCUCUGAAAAAGCUUACAUUUGCUGAUCUACUUGAAGCCACCAAUGGCUUCCACAAUGACAGCCUUGUAGGCUCUGGCGGCUGCGGCGAUGUGUACAAAGCCCAGCUGAAGGACGGCAGCGUAGUGGCAAUCAAAAAACUGAUACACAUUAGCGGCCAAGGGGACAGGGAAUUCACCGCAGAAAUGGAAACAAUAGGGAAAAUCAAACACAGAAACCUAGUUCCCCUAUUAGGUUACUGCAAAGUAGGGGAGGAACGGCUGUUAGUUUACGCGUACAUGAAAUACGGGAGCCUAGAAGAUGUAUUACACGACAGGAAGAGAAUCGGAAUCGCCCUAAACUGGGCCGCGAGAAGGAAGAUCGCCAUUGGCGCCGCGAGAGGGCUGACUUUCCUCCACCACAACUGCAUCCCGCACAUCAUUCACCGCGACAUGAAAUCCAGCAACGUCUUGCUCGACGAAAACCUAGAAGCCAAAGUCUCGGAUUUCGGAAUGGCGAGGCUAAUGAGCGCCAUGGAUACUCACCUGAGCGUGAGCACACUCGCAGGCACCCCCGGCUACGUCCCUCCCGAAUACUACCAGAGCUUCAGGUGUUCGACGAAAGGCGACGUCUACAGCUACGGCGUCGUCCUCCUGGAGCUAUUAACCGGGAAACGCCCCACGGAUUCCGUCGAUUUCGGCGACAAUAACCUCGUCGGAUGGGUGAAACUGCAGAACAAGAUGAAAAUACGAGACGUAUUCGAUCCGGAACUGAUUAAAGAAGAUCCGAGCUUAGAAAACGAGCUUGUCUUGCACUUGAAAGUAGCAUUUGAUUGCUUAGACGAUCGGCCUUGGAAGCGGCCUACAAUGGCGCAAGUUAUGGCGAAGUUCAAAGAAAUUCAAACCAGGAUAGGGGGGAUUGAUGAUUCUUCAUCCACAAUCGCAACCAAGGAUGGCGGGCUUAGUGCAGAUGAAGGAGUAGAAAUGAGCAUAAGAGAAAGUAUAAUGGAAGGCAAUGAGCAUUCUGGAUUGUAAUCCACCAUUAAAUUUUCCCAUCUCCUAUGCCUCUUUCAUCAUAUCAGCAAAUUUCCAUUCUGUACUAUACACAUAACAUCCUGUAUGUAGUUUAGCCCUUUGGAAAAUAAACAGAGUGUCUAUCAUGAACAAAAUAAGGUUGUUCA